AUGAAAGGCGGAAGAAACCAUAAGAACAGCAGCAGGAGCAACCACCAGCAGCUGCUGGAAUCCAUUGCCAGAGCCAACAGUGGAGGAGGCCCUGCUGUCGUUUGCCAGGAAGGUGGUGGCGGUGGACCUGGAGUUGUGAGGAUGAAGGUGCUGGUCAGGAAGCAAGACUUGAAGCAGAUGCUGGAGCUUCUGGGAGACGGGGUGCAGAAGCAGGCUAGCAAAUUGCCAUCUUCCACUUCGCCAUUGCCACUGGAGCAAAGAUUGAAUCUUUUGAGGAGAAAGCAGGCAAUUAGAGGGAAUGGAGGAAAGGGUUGCAAGGCUUCGUCGCCCCGGUCAUGGAUUCCGGCCCUUCAUAGCAUUCCUGAAGAGCUCUGA